GUGCGAAUGGCAAUGAGUCGUCAAACGUCCAUGACGUCCUCCUCAGCCGUUCAGGUUGAACGUAGACUGGAGACUGAGUCCAGUCUGGCUGGCACAGAGAAGCUUCCAACCCCGUCACUCUCUGAUCACCUGUGUGCAAGUCGGACUGGGUGGCUCAAGUUGCUUGCUAAGGCGUUCCUGCCGCCUGCGCUGUUGGGCAGGUCAGCUACCGUCGGCCAAGACCUGCUGGGACCUUGUGCUUGCCUCUGCUUGUGUCCGUAGCCGGGGACAUCCUUGACUGGUGUAUUGCAAGAUUUUGCUGCUCAGGCGGAGCGAGGACAUGGCAAGGGCCAAACUGCUGCCAUGCACAGGGUCUGGCACCUUGCUGGGGAGAAGGUUGAAAGUGUUUGCAAUGGCCAUUGCUGUCUUCUUCGACUACAAGCGGCUGCAGCGGCGCAGCAAGUGGAUCAAGGACAGCGCCAAGGUGGACGCGCUCUACGAGGCAGCCCACGAGCGCAACGCAGCGCGCAUCUUCUCCACCAUCUGCGCCCUUGAGGGCCUCUGGGUGAAGGCUGGGCAGUAUCUGUCCUCGCGCGCGGACGUGCUUCCGGAGGCGUACAUCAGCAGACUAAAGCUCCUGCAGGAUGCGCUGCCCCCGCGCCCCUUGGAGGAGAUUGUAGAGACUGUGGAGGAGGAGCUGGGGGGGAAGGUCCAGGACCUCUUCACAUCAUUCGAUGAGACGCCACUGGCCACAGCCUCCAUAGCCCAGGUGCACCGCGCGGUGACGCUGGAGGGGCAGCAGGUGGUGGUCAAGGUGCAGCACCGGGGCAUCAAGGAGGUCAUCCUCCAGGAUCUGUCCAACCUGCGCACCAUCGUUGAGUGGAUAGCCUGGUCGGACCCGCAGUACAACUUCGGGCCCAUGAUUGAUGAAUGGUGUGCGGAGGUGCCCAAGGAGCUCAACUUUGAGGUGGAAGCGGCCAAUACGGACCGCGUGCGCACCAGCCUGAGCGCGGAUGCCAGCGCUGCGACGCGGGUAGAGGUGCUGCUGCCGGCGGUGGUGCGGGCCACGCAGCGCGUGCUGCUGCUCGAGUUCUUUGACGGGCUGCGGCUCAACAACCGCGCCGCGCUGGACGCGCACGGGGUGGACCGGCAGCGCCUCGUGGAGGUCAUCUGCCGUGCCUAUGCGCGGCAGAUCUAUGUCGACGGCUUCUUCAACGCAGACCCGCACCCUGGCAACUUCCUAGUUUCGAAGGUCCCUCCCCACGCUCCAAUCCUGCUCGACUUCGGGCUGACCAAGACUUUGCGCCCGGCCAUGAAGGUCGCCCUCGCCAAACAGCUCUUAGCCGCGGCCGAGAUGGACAUGUCGGCGCUGCUGAGCUCGUUCGAGGAGAUGGGCCUGCGCCUCAACCGCGACAUGCCCGAGGAGAGCCUGGCGCUCACCAACUUCUUCUUCCGGAGGGCCGCCCCCGCUCAGGAGGCCAAGGCCGAAUUCGAGAAGUGGCGGCAGGAGCGCGAGGAGGAGCAGAAGCGCGCGGCCGACGAGGACAAGGGCCUGCGCAGGAACCCGGUGGACGCGUUCCCGGCGGAUGCCGUCUUUUUCAUCCGCGUUCUCAAUCUGCUACGAGGCUUGUCGAGCAGCCUGGACACGCGCAUCGAGUACCUCGAGGUGAUGCGCCCCUUUGCGGAGGCCACGCUGUCCAGCGAGCUGCAGUCUGCGGCCGGCCCUUCGGCCCCCUCGUUCGUGCUGGCCACCCCUGUUCGCAGCGUUGUGGACGAGCGCGUACGCGCGCUGCUCACCCAGCUGGCGCAGGGCGGCAAUCUGCAGGGCAUCCAGGUGUGCGUGUACCACCGGGGCGCGGUGGUGGUGGACUGCGCGGGGGGCCGCCUGGGCCGGUACGAUCCUCGGCCCGUGCAGCUGGACUCGCUCUUCCCCUGCUUCUCCGUCACCAAGGGCGUCACCGCCGGCCUCCUGCACUGGCUGCACGACAAGGGCAAGCUGCCGUUCGACGCGCUGGUGGGCAGCGUGUGGCCCGGCUUCGCCAAGAACGGCAAGGAGACUACCACCGUGGCCCAUCUGGCGACCCACCGUGCGGGCCUGCCGCACGCGGGGACCAAGGACGUGGUGGCCAACCCCACCGUGGUGCGCGACUGGCAGAGCAUGCUGCGCCUCAUGGAGGAAGCGUGGCCCGAGACGCCGCCCGGCACGAACCAGAUGUACCAUUAUUUGAGCUUUGGCUGGCUGGCGGGCGGCCUGAUCGAGGCCGCUGCGGGCCACUCGUACGGGCGGCUGCUGCAGGCCGUGUUCGCCACCCCGCUCGGCCUGGACGGCGAAUUCUACGUGGGCAUACCUCCAGGUGUUGAGACCCGCCUGGCCAGCUUAAGUAUGGACCGCCCGACCCCCGGAACGGCGUUGGCCACCGCGCUGGCCACCCGUCAGAGUGUAACACCACAACCCGGGGCAGCCGCUUCAAGCAGCCCGGCAGGGGACGCCCCCGUGCCCGUGGUCGAGCCGCCGGGUCCGACCUCCGAGGUGGGUGACGCAGGCCCAGGCAGCUCUGCUGACGUGGCAGCGGGGGUGGGGCCGGGGGGCAGCAGCUCAAUCGGAAACGUAGGAAACCUGGCGGCGCUUCCGCUGGUGUUUAACAACCUGUUCGUGCGCCGAGCGUGCAUCCCGUCCGCCAACGGGCACUUCUCUGCGCGGGCGCUAGCGCGCUUCUAUGCAUCCAUGGCGCGAGCGGGGGCCAUUCCGCCAGCACACCCCGGCUGGGAUCGCUCCACUGAAACGCCCCAAAAAGCGGCCGAGAAAGGAGGGGACAAAAGUCGGCCGGGGCUGUUCCGGAGAGGUGUGAAGAAGGGCAGUGUUGCGGAGGAGACGCCCGCCCCCAUUGACGUGGCGCUGAGCAGCGACGGGCGGUUGUUCGAUCGGCCGGCCGAGCAGGUAUUUGCGGGCAUCACCGGGGUGGGGCCGUACGCCCCGCUGGUGCCGCCUGAGUCGCACUGGGGCCUGGCCUUCGGCCGCUUCUUCCUCCCGGGCGUCAGCGCGGCCGACCAGAGUGGCGGGCGCGUGAUCGCAUUCGGGCACAGCGGCAUGGGCGGCUCCACCGCCUUCUGCGACCCGGAGCACGACUUCGCGAUCGCGGUGACCAUCAAUAAGAUGACGGUCGCGCACAACGAGACCAAGGCCGUGGUCCGCCUCGUGUGCGAGCAGCUGGGCGUGCCCGUCCCGGCCAGCUUCCUGCUGCAGCCACCGCCGGAAGCACAGGCCACGUAGAAGGGGGGGGAGCGGAGCGCCGCUUUGUCCUGCAUGUGCCGGCGGCAGAGGGUCCUGCUCAGGACAGGUUUCAAGGACCGCUUAAGACCGUUCGUAGAAAGGUGCGGUUACUGUUGAAGCAGACAGAGUUGUUCACCAACUUGUAUCAUACAUAUAUGCUUGCAUUGGGCAAAUUAUUUUCAGCAGGAUUGACUACUUCCGGAAAGAUUUCUUCGGUUGAAACCGCUAUUUUUAUCAACGAAACUGCAACCUAAGAUUUGGCACGGACACUGCUUAUGCACAUAGUCGAUCACGAAAACUACUCGUUUGUCUCGGUUUCUACUUUCGACGAUUUCGAUCGACCUUCUGGC